AUGAACGCGGAGGCAAUGAUUGAAAAUGCGGGAGAGGACGAGAGACCCAUCAUCUUCGAAGAACUGGCCUUCUUGCCUUCGUUGGGCAUCAGUGGCGAUUCAAUUUCGUUCACAGCCAUCAGCAUGGAGUCAGACAAGCGCAUCUGCGUGCAGGAGCAGCCACCGAUUCCAGGACGCACGACGGGCAGCAUCGCCAUCAUCGACGUGCCCACCGCGUCGCUGCGCGGCCGCUUCCCCAGCGGCGCCGACUCAGCCAUCAUCAACCCCAAGCUCUCGCUCCUGGCCCUCCUUGCGAACAAGAAGAUUGAGAUCUACGACAUGGACAAGAAGGCCAGGGUCACCCAGUGCGAGAGCCCCGAGACGGUGGUGUACUGGCGGUGGGUCUCCACUACGAUGAUCGCCUUCGUCACCAAGAGUGCUGUCUUCCACUGGCCCGCUGUGCACAAGAACGGAGCCCCGGCCGCCCCGCAGCCCUACAAGUUCUUCGACAGACACGUAGGAAUGAAGGGAAUGCAAAUGAUCAACUACCGCACCACGAGCGUGCCCGACCCGUCCAACCCGCAACGCACGAUGCCCGUGGGCUGCCUGGUGGGCAUCGCCAAGGAGGGCGAACGGAUCGCGGGCCGCAUGCAGCUGUUCGCCUCAGAGAAGAACACCACCCAGACGCUCGAAGGCCACGCCUGCUCGUUCGUCCGCUGGGGCAAGAACAACACCCAGCGCCUCUUCUGCUAUGCCACACGCACCCCCUCCGAAUCCAUGUUCCACGUGUACGAGCUGUCGCCGCCCAAGGACGAGAAGCCCUUCAAGAGGAAGAGCACGCCCAUCUACUUCCCGCCCGAGGCCGCCGCCGAUUUUCCCGUCGCCAUGCAAGUGAGCGACAAGCACAAGGUGGCGUACAUCAUCACCAAGUAUGGCUACCUCCACAUCUUCGACAUCCACUCGGCCGAGCUCAUCUACAUGAACCGCAUUUCUGCCGACACCGUGUUCACCACCGUUCCCGCCUCUCACGGUGGAAUCGUGGGUUUGAACAAGUCGGGUCAGGUGUUGUCGGUCAGGCUCAACGAAGACGCCAUCGUGUCCUACAUCGCCCUGAAGCUCGACAAGCCGCGCCUGGCGUCUCGGUUCGCGGCGAGGAACGGUUGGGCGCUCACCCACCUCCCGCGUCAGCUGGACCAGCUCAUCCGCCAGGGCCAGUACACCGAUGCUGCCACCCUCAUCUUCCAGUACCCGAACGAGGACCUGCGCACGCCCGAAAACCUGCAGAAGUUCCUCAACGCGCCGUUCACGCCGGGCCAGACGACGCCCGCCAUGCAGUACUUCAACUUCGCGCUGACCAAGGGCAAGCUCAACCGAUACGAGACCCUCGAACUCGCCCGCGCCGUGGUGAAGCAGAACAGAGGCGACCUGCUCACGACGUGGAUGCAGGAGGACAAACUGGACUGCAGCGAGGAGCUGGGCGAUAUGAUGGCCGGGCUGGACCCGCGGGUGGCGUCGACCAUCUACCAGCGCGUGGGCGCCCACGAGAAGGUCAUCCGCGCGUUCGUUGACAUGGGCGAGUCGCACCGGAUCGUGCCCUACUGCGACGCCACGGGCUACGCCCCCAAGGUCGACUUCGCCGCCCAGAUCGCGACCUUCCUCCAGACCAACCCGCCGCAGGCCGUCUCGCUGGCCAUUGGCGUGCUCGAACGGACACCACCGCUCCUUCCCGUUGAGAAGAUCAUUGAGCUGUUCGUUCAGGCGCAGCGCUUGCCAGAUCUGACGAGCGUCUUCCAGAUGGCCCUCAAGAACAACAAGCCCGAGCAAAGCCACGCGCAGACGCGAUUCCUUGAAAUGCUGCUCUCCACCGGUCAAGUGCCCAUCGCAGACCGCAUAUUGGCAACCAAUGCGUUGACCUACUUCGAUCUGGGCUACAUCUCCAUGCUGUGCGACAAGGUGGGCCUCCACGAGCGCGGCGCCUACCUGCGCAGCAGGAUGAGCCAACGCAUGUAA